AUGUCGUCGUCUUCGUCGAGCGCGCCGCAGCCGGUGAAGUUGUCGCUGCCGCUGGCGUACCAGCAGAAUCUUUUUCAGGAACUGCGCACCGACGAUGAGCUCGUCGUGCUAGCACGGGGGCUGGGCCUCAUGCGCCUCGUCACCAACCUGCUGCACUCGUACGAUGCCGCGGGCAACAACCUGGUGCUCGUUGUCAAUGCCGACGACCGUGAGAAUGGAUGGAUCGGCGAGGCAUUGGCCGAGCACGCGGCCAUCAGCAUGGCACCUCGCGCGCGGGGCUUGACCGUUGUCAACACGGACUUUACAACGGUCGGCGCGCGCGAGAAGAUGUACGCGGCCGGCGGCAUUUUCAGCGUCACGUCGCGCAUCCUCGUUGUCGACCUGCUGACGAGCCUGCUCAACCCGACCGCCAUUACGGGUGUGGUCGUGCUGCAUGCGGACCGUGUCGUGGCCACGUCUCUGGAGGCCUUUAUUCUCCGCAUCUACCGCCAGAAGAACAAGGUCGGCUUCCUCAAGGCCUUCUCAGACAACCCGGAGGCGUUUGCAACGGGCUUUGCACCGCUGGCCACCAUGAUGCGCAAUUUGUUCUUGCGGAAAGCGUCCCUCUGGCCCCGGUUCCACGUCACCGUUGCCACGGCCCUCGAGGGCAAGAAGCGCGCCGAGGUCGUGGAGUUUGAGGUUGCCAUGACCGACAGCAUGCGCGACAUUCAAAACGCGAUUCUCGAGUGCGUCGAGGUCAGCAUUCACGAGCUGAAAAAAUCCAACACAGGCCUCGACAUGGAAGACUGGAAUCUCGACAGCGCGCUGCUCAAGAAUUUCGACGUGAUGGUGCGCCGUCAGCUCGACCCCAACUGGCACCGUGUCAGCUGGAAGAGCAAGCAGAUUGUCGGCGAUCUCACGGUCCUGCGCGGCAUGCUGCAGUCGAUCGUCGAGUGUGACGCAGUCGCAUUUUUGCAGCGCCUUGACACGAUUCAUGCGGCGCACUCGCCGCCCCCUGGAUCCACGCGCCAGUCGCAGUCACCGUGGCUCUUCCUCGAUGCUGCCCAGACCAUCUUUGACACGGCCAAGCGACGAGUCUACACAGGCAAGCAUAAUUUCAAGAGCAGCAAUGGCAUGAGCGGCCUUGACGGAAACAACACCAGCAGCAGCAACACUCUACGCCCUGUCCUCGAGGAGCAGCCCAAGUGGAGCGUAUUGGGUGAUAUUCUUGAGGAGAUUGACCGCGAUCUGUACCACGCAAGCGUACCACGCGACGACUCCAACGGCACCAUCCUGAUCAUGUGCGGCGACGUUGACACAUGCCGCCAGUUGCGCGAUUUCUUGCAGACCAUGCACGUGCGGCCGCGCACCGAAUCGAGAGUAGAAGAAUUUUUUGACGCUGAAGAAGACCGGCCGUCAGGCGCGUUUAUGAUGCGCCGCAAACUGCGCAACUAUUUGAAGUGGAAGAGCGAAUUUGCAAACGUCAAUGCGACGCUCUUUGCAGAGAACCAGAAGGCGUUGAGCGGCGCCAUCGACCCGCGCACGGGACGCCCUGCGGGUGCGGUCCGAAGCAAUGCGCCGGCCAACAAGCGUCGGCGUGUGCGUGGUGGUGGCAGCGGCAUGGGCCAAGCCAACACGGCAUCGGCCAUCGCCUCUGCGUCCGUAUCUGGAGGACGAGCCGCCAACGGCAGCGUCGCACAGUAUUUUGAGAAGCCCAACGAGGUCGCUGAGUUGAUGGCCGAGAUCCAUGCCGCAGAGGCAGGGUCUACGCCGGGAACAAGCACUGAUGGCGGCAUCAAUACAGAUGCGGAAAUUGCAGCGGCUCAACAAAAAGCCGACAUUCUGGCGGCGUUGGCCGAUCCACUGGAAGACAUGGACGACUUCUAUCAGAUGUACGACAUGAGCGACCUUGUGGUGAUCCACGCCUACGACGGCGACCAGGACGAGCACGUACUAGAAGAAGUCAAGCCGCGGUACAUCAUCAUGUACGAGCCAGAUGCGGCGUUCAUCCGGCGCAUCGAGGUCUACCGAUCGUCACACAACGACCGCAGCGUACGUACCUACUUUAUGUACUAUGGCGGUUCCGUCGAAGAGCAAAAGUACCUUUCCGCCGUGCGCCGUGAAAAAGACGCGUUCACGAAACUGAUCAAGGAGCGCGCCUCCAUGGCGGUGACCCUCACAACGACGGCAUCACACAACAUCUCCAACGCGGACGACCCCCAGGAGUCCUUUUUACGGACAGUCAAUACACGUAUUGCCGGUGGCGGCCGGCUCACCACGGCAGCGACGACACAACCGCGCGUCGUUGUGGAUGUCCGCGAGUUUCGUUCGUCGCUGCCCUCGCUGCUGCACGGGCGCAACAUGGCCGUUGUGCCGUGCAUGCUGACUGUGGGCGACUACGUGCUUUCGGACCAUAUCUGCGUCGAGCGCAAGUCCAUUAGCGAUCUCAUCUCGUCGUUCCGUGACGGCCGCCUCUACACACAGUGCGAGACCAUGUUCCAACACUACCGCGAUCCCAUGCUGCUGAUUGAGUUUGACAUGAACAAAUCGUUCACGCUCGAGCCGUUUGCCGACUUGGCCUCAUCGUCGUCGUCGGGCUCGAGCGUGAUCCCCAACCCACAAAACGCCAACGACUUGCAGAGCAAGAUUGUGCUUCUGACGCUAGCAUUCCCGCGAUUGCGUAUUUUGUGGGCGUCGUCGCCCUAUGAGACAGCCGAGAUCUUUGAGCGGCUCAAGUCGCACGAAGCCGAGCCCGAUCCGGUAGCGGCCGUGCGUGCCGGUCUCGACCCACACGCACGUGCCGACGACCAACCCUUCAAUCUUGAGCCCCAAGAAAUGCUGGCGGCCGUCCCGGGUGUUACACCGGCGAAUCUUCGUACACUGGUGAUGGAAACGGAAAGCAUCGCGGCCAUUGCAGCCAUGGACGCACCGGAACUCGAGCCCAUAGUCGGUAAAGAAUCGGCUCGGCAGAUUUCCGAGUUCUUUAAAAAGGACAUUAUCGAAGAGGCUGGGUAA